AUGGUAGAACGCAACUCAUAUCAGACGGAUCCCGAAUCACUCUUGUUGUUAAGUGGCUUAGAUACACCACCUCCAUCGUCGUCAGCGACGACGAUCUCGACAGACAAUCCCGCCUUGCACGAUGCACCGCCUCGUCUCGUCCACGAUUCGGUUCUGUCGCAGCCACAAUGUUCUCGACAAGAUGCCGCGGCCAACUAUCCGACAGAGAAGGUCUCUACCAACCCCAAAUGGAAUGCUACAGCUAUUAUAACUACUUCCCCUCAGCUGUCUGAUCCAACGCAAUGGACUCCCACCCUUAGCAUUCGUACCGAUUUCGGAAGCGAGCAAGUGAUGACUCCCAGCGGCCACACGGACCAUGAUGUCUCUCUACGGCCCAGCCUCUCAUCAACGAGCUUGCCUCGUAGAACGUCAAGUAUACGCGCGGCUCUCACCGCUGCACAGUCCAGCGCGGGAUCGGUCUCUCCCGGCUCGGUAUUCUCAUCACCGCAACUUGCCGCAUUGACAGACAUCACCCCUUUACCAUCUCCAACCCAUGGCAAUUCUCCAUGGCGGUCCAGCAGCUCCAACUCUCUUCCAAGGUCGCCAUCGAUGACAUCGCAUCGCGGCUCGACUUUCAGUUUAAAGUCCCUAGAUCCAAACAGACCGCCGGGGUCGUCUUCUAGCCAGCGUCGUGGAUUUGAUCUGACUCGAGCACCAAGCCAGGAACACAUACAUGCUCCAAAACGGGAUAAUUUGCAUAUACAGGUUCCACGAAACGGCCAUUCUCGAAACCGGAGUCUUAGUGAAUAUGUUCCUCCUGUUUUAUUGGCCCCUGGUAUCAUAAGGCCCUCGUUUGGCAGCCCUAGCUGCGUUUCACCCCCUGCACCACAUACUGUGCAGAGUAAACUCCAUCGCGAGGAGUAUCUAGCCGUCCAACGGGGCAUAGCAUUACCCCAUGCGCAUCCCCCUACGCCUCCAAGCACACGUAGAGGUGAGGAUAGCAUUGGUGGCGAUCUUUCUGUGACUGUACCUGGGAGGAAGCUAUCUUCUACCGAAGUAUAUCAUGUCACUUCGAUAAGAACGCUCCAGCCCCGAACUUACCGAAUGAUUCGUCAGCUUGGACAAGGAACGUUCAGUCAAGUAUCUCUUGCUGUCCGAGAUGAAUCUCCAAACGAGACUGGCAUUUCAUCGCUGGCACAACCGCGUCUUUGCGCCGUUAAGGUAGUUCAGUAUGGUCCCGCUGGUGGGGCUGACGAAGAACGAGUCGAAGUCUCGUUAAAACGGGAAGUUGACAUUCUAAAAUCUAUCAACCAUCCAUCCAUUGUCCAAUUAAAGGCAUUUGGAAGUGACGAGAAACGGGCGCUUCUCGUCUUGGAUUAUUGCCCUGGUGGCGAUUUAUUCGAAUUUGCCAGUGGAGGGCAAUACUCUUUAUCACCUCCGGUGAUCAGGCGCAUAUUUGCAGAACUGGUAGCUGCUGUUCUAUAUCUACACAGGAACUUGAUUGUGCAUCGAGAUAUUAAGCUGGAGAAUGUUCUUGUGAAUAUUCCUGGCUCUGUAAUGCAAACCAUCACUGAUUGGCGAACCUACCCUCGCGCACUAGUCACAUUAACAGACCUUGGACUGUCUAGGAGAAUCCCACAGCCACCAGAAAACCCACUUCUUCAUACACGCUGCGGGUCGGAAGACUAUGCCGCACCGGAGAUCCUCAUGGGCCAGCCGUAUGACGGUCGCUCUACCGACGGCUGGGCUCUUGGUGUUCUACUAUUUGCGAUGAUUGAGAACAGACUUCCGUUUGAUCCUCUGCCAGGGACCCGAGGAGACACCGCAAAACUGCGGGCGCGCACGCCUCACCGCAUCGCCCGCUGUGAGUGGAGCUGGUAUCGGUAUGGCAACGAGGAUGGAGAGUGGGACCCUAACAAGGGUGCAGCGUUCAAUGGUGCGCAGCUCUGUGUUCAAGGCUUGUUGAGGAGGAGUAGUCGGCGAAUAGGGCUUGAUGAGGUUGAGAAGAUGGAGUGGGUGAAGGAGGCGAUCGACGUGCCAGACGGUCUGAAGAGAGGCGAUAUCGAGGUGCCAUGA